AUGUCUGCUUAUGGCCAUCAAAUGGAACAUGCUUAUUCUACCAGGAGUCUCUCUGCUGCUUCUGAGAUGGGGAGCAGUUUUAUGUUAGAAUCGGGAUUCUAUAUCACAUCAUUUUCUGCAACAAUCUUCAUUGCUGGAUUUGCAGCUCUUGGACUUUUAUUAAUCACUCUGUUGGUUUCAAUGGCAAUGAUGCUACAAUCUUGUCAAAAUAAUAGUGCUGGAAUUCUAGAGCUUAGGAAUGUAAAGGAUGACUAUAGUUAUUGCAAAAUUCAUUCUCUGCAUGCUAAGUUCAAUCAUUUGGAAGAACAUGAUGUUCCUGAAAUUUGUAAGGACCUGGCGGUACAGUAUAUCAAAGGUGGUCAAUAUGCUAGAGAUUUGGAUUUAACCAAAUCUGUGAUUGAGGAAUAUUUCAAUGGUGUUAAACCAUCCCAGGAUGGUUUUGAUGUGGUAUUGAUUGACAUAGAUGGCAUUUUUCCAUUGAGUCCUCGUUCUUCCAAUUUGUUUCAAAGCAUUAGCAAUUGUAUCUUAGAGGCAAAAAAUUUAAAGCGCAUGGCUGUGUUAAGAUUAUACAUGAACCUUCGAGCUAGUGGUUGGCCUAUAAUUUUGUUAUCAAGAGAUCCAGUAAAAGACCAAAAUGUCACCAUCAAUCAUCUUGUCUCUGCUGGAUUUAGAGGGUGGUCUUCAUUAAUGAUGAGAGAAGGUGAAAAUUCUACCAAAACGAACGAGUAUAUUUCCAGGCAAAGAAAUGCGAUACAAACAAAGGGAUUCCGAGUAAUAAGUAUCAUAAGCAGUCAUAUGGAUGUUUUAAGUGUUGCAGAAGAAGAUGCAGGAAUGCGAAAGUUUUUGCUACCAGACCCUAUAUGUGACAUGUUUGAGCAUCAAAUGAAAGCAUAG